UCAGUAACGCCCAGAAUAGAUUCCUCCAUAACUUUACCAGGCACUGACGUGAGACUGACAGGCCUGUAGCUGCCAGGGCCUUCGUUCUUGCCCUCCUUGAAAACUGGCACAACAUUUGCCAGCUUCCCGUCAACUGGGACCUCUCCAGAUUCCCGAGACCGCUGAAAAACAACUGCGAGAGGUCCCGCAAAUACGGAAUACAAGGUUAUGACAGACUUUUGCUGGGCGCUCCUGCAUGCAGGACGCUCAACACUGCAAUCGCCAAUAAAAUAGCUUCACAGAAGAUCCUGUCUGAAAAAAUUAUUGACAUUUUCCCUCACAGGCAUGGGAGGAACGAGCGUCCGGCAGUGCCGGGCACCUCCCCUCCCGCACAGCCUCAUCCCCGUCCAGAAAUGUCUCCUCCGAAGCACUGCGCCGGCGCUGCAGGCACGCGGACCGGCCAGGGACAGGCCCCAUCCCACCGCCGGCAUGGCCACCGGCACCCAGCCACCACGGCCACAGAGGCACCGAGGCCAGCACCAAGGGAGACACGAGGAGCACAGCGCCCAUGGGCUCCACCACCCAAAUUUCUUUCUGCAGAUGGCCCCGGGGGCUCCCUCAGGCCGUGCAAAGGGAGCUCGGGGAGCUCCAGCACUCAGGCGACGCCAGGGCCUGUGUGGGACUGAGGGCGUGGCCGGGGGGCUGUGGCGGGGCGGGGGCGCAGGUGACAGCACAGGGGACGUGUCACAAUGGGGGGGCUGCUUUUAAGGCAGCAGCGGGCAGCGCUGCCGCAGUUUGGCCUGAGCCACUGGCGAGACCAUGGUUUCGGCAAUCUUCUUCGCCUGGACGUUCCUGGCCUUAAUUCAUAGCCCACAGAAGGUCGGCGGCGAACUGGAUGCGGCUACAAAUGAGCGCAUGCAGCAGCGUGCCGAGGAGCUGCAAGCGCGCAUGAUGCGGCUGCUGCUGGAAACGGAGCAGAGGGACCGGGAGCACGGCUGGCCGCGUAUGGGAACCCUGCUCCCGUCUGUGCUGCAGCACUGGCAGUUCUGGGCCCUGACCGGAGAGCUCGUCCUGUUCGCUGUGCUCUGCCGCGUGGUCAUGAAAUUGUGCCGCGAGCUGCGCAGCGGAGACGAGAAGGGCAUCUCCGGAAGCAAGGAGGACGACGACUCUGAGGAAGACCCCACCGACGCUUCGGAUGCCCGCAGACUUGCCAACGGGUACCUGCAGUGGCCGGUGAGGAACCUGGAGGAGACGUGCAAGCUCGUGGAGGACCUGGUGGACAGCCUUCUCUGCGCCUGCCAGACCCUCCCCGGGAACAAGUUCAUGCCGCGGCCGCAGCCACCCAUCGGGGUGGGCAGCGUCUCCGGUCCCGCGGAGAACGACACCGUCUACCGCCUGCUCGUGCCCCUGAACCCACCCCCCGGGCACGCCUUCCACCUGGAGCUGGGCACCGAAGGGGAGACGCUGCCCAGGAGCUCCUGCCUCCGCGUGGAGCUGCGAUGCACGUGCACCCGGGAGCGGCUGCUGGGGGACGUGCCGUGCUUCCUCCACCGUCCCGAGGCAGAGCUGGAAAAUCGGGACCCAAACCUCCUGGACACCCUCUGCUGCGGCUCCUACUUGAAUGUGCGGAAGACGGCAAAGUGGUUCCAGGAGCUGGUGACAGAAGCCUGGGCGGCCGUGCCUCAGUCGUCCCAGCUGCAGCUAACGGUGCUGCCCUCCGCCCGCUUCUGCGAGCUCAGGCUGACCAACGCCUCCGAGGAAACCCUCUCCAUCGAGAUCAUGCUUGGGGUAAAGCAGGACGACUCGGACACCUUCGUGACCUUCGAGUAGUCAGAGGCCGUCGUCAGCAGCAGCACGAGCUGCCCACAGAGCUGCGCUGUGCCAGAGAUGCACUUCUUCAGCAAACACCUCGGCACGCUGUAUCCUGUUAGGCACCAACUUUGCCACCCGUGCCUCGAAGACAGCUGUCACCCACCUCCUGACCACCAUCCUCGGGGCAAGCACGCACAGGACGGAUCUGCAGCCCCACACCGGCGAUGACUUCGGUGGCUGCAGAGCUGACUGAGUGACACCCUGCUUGCCACAUGCCCCAGAGCUGAGCACGCUGGCCAUGCAGAAGACGCUGCUCGCUCGGGAACUGCUCCUCCGUGUCCUCUCCACAGCAAAACCACCCCUGGGGGAGGCACACCCCUUGCAGCUGAAGAGACCGCUGCAGAGAAGCUUGAAGCAGAGACUCCUCUUUCCACCUGGACAGUGACCACCUGGGCUCCUGGGGAGCGUCCACUCGCUCCAGGAGCUCUGACCUCUGCAAAAAUUGCAAUACAUAUUGCUUACUUGAACAAAUGCUUCGUCCGUGAGUGUCUGUACCACACCUGGUCAGGAAACGCGGGCAUGAGGUGCUGACAGCUGGGCUGCCACAGCCCCGGGGAGCAUUUUGCUGAGGAGCUGAUUCCGUGGGCUCCAACUGCGCUCCUUCUGGAGCUACAGCUCCGCUGCCUGUCCUGGCUCCUCCAGCAGGGCAAGGAGAAUAGCUCAGCACCCUCCUGAACGCCCCAUGUUGCCGGUGUGCUGUAUGGAGUCUGCAGGGGGGACUUGUGCUACCCGAGGCGAACCAUGCCCUGGGAGCCCGACGGCUCCCAUCACACCCCGUUGACCAUUUGGGCCCAG